UCAUUCAUGUAGUGUAGGAUCUGUUUGGGUUGGCCGAGGUAGUUUGAGUCAGAUCUGACUUCAUAAGCUUAACAUGUGACCACAAGCUUAUGUUCUAAAGUGACAUUGAAUCUUUUAGUAUUAUUGUUUUAUUGAUAUCAUGGUAUGACUUAAAGAGUAACCUGUUAGGAAUUAUUUAAGGUACAUGUCUAUAGUUCAAAACCUGGAUUCUUAAGGUAUUGCUAUUUAUUAGUCUGAGUUGGGAUCAUGAUUUCUUAAAAUGUGUUUUCAAGUUUAUUCUGAAAAAUAGUGUGGAUGGCCUUCUCAAUUAUCUAUGAACAACAUCAUAAAUAAGUACGCCAAUUAAAGAUAAAUACAAUGUUACAGAGAUACAUGAGAAAUCAAGGAGCACCUAAACAUGAAGAUAGAUGUCUGACUUGUUUAAUGAUAUCUUGUCUUAUGCAGAAGAAGAUUCUUGUGGAGGAUGGUCGAUUAAGAGACUAUAUGAUGAAGAGUAUUGGAAAGACAUGGAUAAAUACUAGAUGUUCUCUCUAUCAUCGCUUUUAUAAAGAGUCAAUGACUUUUAGUAAAAUGUUGCAAGACGUCCAGGUGGAAUUGAUCUUGACCAGUGGACGUGGUUUCUUUAAUAUUGCAAGGAUAAGAAAACACAGAAGAUGUGCAAGCAGAAUGCUGAAAAUCGACGGAAGCAAACUUACACACACACUAAUGGUUCAAAAAGCUUACCUAGGAGAAAAGCUGAAGAGGAGCGUAAACGUGGGAGACCAAUGAAUAGAGGAGGACUGUGGCCCUUGACUCACAAACGGAAAGACUCGACAUAUAUGAAUGAAGCAGCCAAGCUUAUUGGUGAGAAAAUAGAGAGGAUUGAAAGUCAGGAUGGCGUGUCAAAGAAAAUUUCAGAAUUUGAUUCACUUGCACAAGUGUUAGGAAAGGAGCACGCUGGUCGGGUUCCAGGAGUGGGUUAUGGGCCGACACCUACUCAAGGGUUUGGCCAAACAGCCUAUCAAUUUAAUGGUGUAUCUUCAACACAAGCUAAUCGAGAUCAUGAAAUGGAGGAGAUGAAGUUGAAGAUGCAGGAGCUUCAAUCAGUGGUGGAAAGUGAAAGAUCUAGAAGGCGAGCUCUUGAGAACUUUCUAACAAGAUAUAUAGUCCAAUAAGGAAUGGAAUUGCCGGCUGAGUUGGCUGAUAUGGGUAGUGCUGCGACGGCUUCAAACAGGCCAAGACCAUCUUCCUCUUCCAAAAGUUGAAACCCACCGCGAUGCUAAUCAUGCUAUGUUCAACCUUGAUUUAGCUUGUGAUGAAUUCCAAUUCUAAUUUUGUUAGCAAUGAACUUUGUUUCUCUGGAACUGUGGAUUUUGCACCAGUUUAUCAGAUUUUAGGUCUUAUAGUUGGACAAAUAGAAAUUGUUCUGUUAGGAAUUCUCCAAAUUGGAGCUAUGUUGCUUUGUUUUUGAACCUAUUAUUCUAGUUAUUUGAGGGUUUUUUGUCC